GCGUAUCAAACACAACAAAAAUCACAGUUAAAAAUACAGAGCUACAUCAAGAUCUGUAAAUUCAACACAAAAACCCCUUUCUCUUAUUUCUUUGAUAACUUUAUGCCCCAUGUAUGUAGUUUGAAGCUCUCCGCACAUCUGAUUCUGCUCCGAAAUACUUUGAAUCUUGAGCCGCGCUUCUUAAAUCUCACUCCAACACUACAUUUCUGCUCCUGAUCUGCAAUUUCCAUCGCAUUUGAAUUGUGAUUGGAAGCCGAAAUGGCUGGUGCUGCUGCUGGAGGUUUUGUUUCUCGAGCAUUCGAGUCGAUGCUCAAAGAGUGUUCUAAUAAAAAAUUUACAGCUCUUCAGACUGCGGUUCAGACAUAUUUAGAUAGCACAAAGGAGGGCAGUAAGAAUUUGGUUUCCAAUAAGACUGAGCAAACAACAACAUCUGAAGGAGAUCAGAGUUUGACAGAAAGUAGUAGUGGACCUGCAAAAAAUGAAUCCGAGCAUGAUUCAGCUGCAACUUCGCCUACUGAUCAGGUGGGCGAACAUGCUGGUAAGCAGGUUGUAAAGAGUCAAACUAUUGCAACCACCUUGGCAAGUGCUGGACACGUUUUAGAUGGAGCUGAUGCAGAGCUUGUUCUGAAUCCACUCCGACUUGCUUUUGAGACGAAGAACAUUAAAGUCGUAGAGCUUGCACUAGAUUGUCUUCAUAAACUCAUUGCCUAUGACCAUUUGGAAUGUGAUCCUGGUCUAGAUGGUGGUAAAGAUGCAAUAAUGUUCACAGAUAUUCUAAACAUGGUCUGCGGUUGUGUGGAUAAUUUGUCCCCUGACAGCACUAUUCUUCAAGUCUUAAAGGUCCUUCUUACUGCUGUAUCAUCAACAAAGUUUAGAGUUCACGGGGAACCGUUGCUUGGAGUAAUCAGGGUUUGCUAUACUAUUGCACUAAACAGCAAGAGUCCUGUGAAUCAAAUGACUUCGAAGGCAAUGUUGACCCAGAUGAUUAGCAUUGUUUUCAGGCGAAUGGAAACAGAUCUGGGAUCUGCUUCCAGCAAUUCUGCCAAACAUAGAAAUUCCAGGGAUGGGCUGGAGACGAAUAUUGAAGAUCUGCCAAAUACGGAGAGCAGAGAAGGAGCGACUUCUUUAGAUGCAUCGUCUGUAAAUGAAGUUAAAGACGCACCUGCUGCAUCGGUUGAGGAACUUCAAACUCUUGCUGGUGGUUCUGAUAUAAAGGGUCUGGAGGCAGUUCUUGACAAGGCUGUGAACCUUGAAGACGGCGAAAAGACUACAAGAGGAAUUGAUCUUGAGAGCUUGAGCAUUGCUCAACGGGACGCUUUACUGCUUUUCCGUACUUUAUGCAAAAUGAGUAUGAAGGAAGAUAGUGAUGAAGUUACUACCAAAACACGUAUAUUGUCGCUUGAGCUUUUGCAGGGUUUAUUUGAAGGAGUCAGCCACUCUUUCACAAAGAACUUUAACUUUAUUGACUCGGUAAAAGCCUACCUUUCAUAUGCAUUGUUGCGGGCAUCAGUUUCUCAGUCUCCUGUCAUAUUCCAGUAUGCAUCUGGAAUCUUCUCAGUACUUUUAUUGCGAUUUAGGGAAUGUCUUAAAGGUGAAAUCGGUAUAUUUUUUCCGCUGAUAAUAUUACGAUCAUUGGAGGGCACAGAAUGCCCCCUCAACCAAAAACUAAACGUUCUUCGGAUGCUAGAAAAAGUCUGCAAGGACUCGCAGAUGCUUGUCGACAUAUAUGUAAACUAUGAUUGCGAUCUUCAGGCUCCUAAUUUGUUUGAACGAAUGGUUGUCACUUUAUCUAAAAUUGCUCAAGGAACCCAAAAUGUAGAUCCAAAUUCAGCGACUGCAUCACAGAUGGGAUCGGUUAAGGGCUCAUCUGUUCAGUGUCUUGUGAGUGUUUUCAAAUCACUUGUUGAGUGGGAGAAGUCACGUAGAGAGUCAGAUAAUCAGAGCAAAACCAACAUAAGUUUGGAAGGUGGUUCAGCUAUAGAAUCUCAUGCAAAAGUCGGGGAAGAUAUACACAACAACUUUGAGAAGGCAAAGGCUCAUAAAUCUACUUUGCAAGCAGCAAUAUCCGAGUUCAACCGAAACCCUGGAAAGGGUAUCGAAUAUUUGAUUUCCAAUAAGUUGGUGGAUAACACCCCAUGUUCAGUAGCUGAAUUUCUGCGGAAUACUCCCAAUCUGAACAAGGUUAUAAUUGGUGAUUACAUGGGCCAACACGAGGAAUUUCCACUUGCAGUCAUGCAUGCUUAUGUUGAUUCUAUGAAGUUUAGUGGAAUGAAGUUUGGAGCUGCAAUCCGUGAAUUUCUCAGAGGAUUUCGGUUACCAGGAGAAGCACAGAAGAUUGAUCGCAUGAUGGAAAAGUUUGCUGAACGGUAUUGUGCAGAUAAUCCAAGUUUGUUUAAGAAUGCAGACACCGCUUAUGUUCUUGCAUAUGCAGUUAUAAUGUUAAACACUGAUGCUCAUAAUCCAAUGGUUUGGCCUAAAAUGAGUAAAGCAGAUUUCAUUCGCAUGAAUGCCUCUAGUGAUGCCGAAGAAUGUGCUCCUACAGAACUUUUGGAGGAGAUAUAUGAUUCUAUUGUCAGUGAAGAAAUUAAAAUGAAAGAUGAUACUGAUGAUCUAGGACGAAGCAGCAAACAAAAGCCAGAAGAAGAGAGAGGCCGCCUUAUCAGUAUUCUUAAUUUGGCCCUUCCCAAAAGCAAAUCUUCAUCUGACACUAAGUCUGAGAGUGAGGCUAUUAUUAAAAAAACACAAGCUAUUUUUCGGAAUAAAGGACCAAAAGGAGUAUUUCAUACAUCAUAUCAAAUUGAGCUUGUGCGGCCCAUGGUUGAAACUGUUGGUUGGCCUUCACUUGCCACUUUUUCUGUUACCAUGGAGGAAGGAGAGAAUAAGGCAAGGGUUGUCCUCUGUAUGGAAGGAUUUAAAGCAGGGAUACACCUUACUCAUGUCCUUGGAAUGGAUACAAUGCGCUAUGCCUUCUUAACUUCUCUGCUCAGAUUUAAUUUCUUACACGUGCCAAAAGAUAUGCGUAGUAAAAAUGUGGAAGCAUUGCGGACUCUUCUGGAUUUGUGCGACACUGAUACUGGUGCUCUUCAGGAUACAUGGAUUGCUAUUUUGGAAUGCAUUUCACGACUCGAGUUUCUAACAUCAACUCCAUCUAUGGCGGCAACUGUCAUGCAAGGGUCAAAUCAAAUCUCUAAAGAUGCAAUUCUUCAAUCUCUUAGGGAGCUGGCUGGAAAGCCAUCUGAACAAGUGUUUGUUAAUAGUGUGAAAUUGCCUAGCGAAUCAGUUGUGGAGUUCUUUACUGCUCUCUGCAAUGUGUCGGCUCAGGAACUUAGGCAGACUCCAGCUCGUGUUUUCAGCUUGCAAAAACUUGUAGAGAUCAGCUACUAUAACAUGGCGCGUAUACGCAUGGUAUGGGCAAGGAUAUGGUCUGUGCUGUCGAGUCAUUUCAUCGCGGCUGGUAGUCAUCGUGAUGAGAAAAUCGCGAUGUACGCCAUAGAUUCUCUACGACAACUUGGGAUGAAAUAUUUAGAGCGUUCUGAACUGGCUAAUUUUACCUUUCAAAAUGAUAUCUUGAAACCAUUUGUCAUUCUUAUGAGGAGUAGUCGAAGCGAAUCUAUUCGAAGACUGAUUGUUGACUGCAUUGUUCAAAUGGUGAAAUCAAAUGUUGGAAACAUCAAGUCUGGCUGGCGAAGUGUAUUUAUGAUUUUUACAGCUGCUGCUGAUGAUGAAUUGGAACCAAUUGUUGAAAGUGCAUUUGAGAAUGUAGAACAAGUAAUAUUGGAGCACUUCGAUCAAGUUGUUGGUGAUUGCUUCAUGGACUGUGUUAACUGUCUAAUUGGGUUUGCCAACAACAAAACUUCGCAUCGUAUAAGUUUGAAGGCCAUUGCACUCCUCCGCAUCUGUGAGGAUCGUCUUGCAGAGGGCCUUGUACCAGGUGGUACUUUGAAGCCAAUUGAUGUGAAUGCGGACAUAAGUUUGGAUGUUACAGAGCAUUACUGGUUCCCGAUGCUUGCUGGUUUAUCUGAUCUUACAUCUGAUUCAAGACCCGAAGUUAGAAGUUGCGCACUUGAAGUGUUGUUUGAUCUUCUGAAUGAGAGGGGAAGCAAGUUUACAUCAUCGUUCUGGGAGAGCAUAUUCCACCGAGUAUUGUUUCCCAUUUUUGAUCAUGUAAGACAUGCUGGUAAAGAUAAUUCAGUCUCUUCUGGAGAUGGGUGGCUUCGUGAAAGCAGCAUUCAUUCACUUCAGUUGUUGUGUAACCUCUUCAAUGCAUUUUACAAGGAAGUAUCCUUUAUGCUGCCUCCAUUGCUCGGUUUGCUGUUAGAUUGUGCUAAAAAGACAGAUCAGUCAGUGGUGUCAAUUUCUUUGGGGGCAUUGGUCCAUCUCAUAGAAGUUGGAGGACACCAGUUCAGUGAAAGUGACUGGGAUACAUUGUUGAAGAGCAUAAGGGAUGCAUCGUACACCACACAGCCUCUGGAAUUGCUCAAUACAAUAGGUUUCGGGAACACUCGAAAUCAAACAAUAGUGACUGGGGACUUGGAUGUUAACAUGGGGGACACCCCGAAAUUCACAAAUGCUGAACAAUCAGAGAAUCCUCAGUCAAUUGAUAUCGGUGCAGUUGACAGUGCAAGGAAUCAGUAUUUAUCUUCAGUUUCAGACCAAGAAAUGGGUUUGCGUACUGAUGCUGAUUCUGAAGGCCUUCCGUCACCUUCCGGGAGAUCUCAAAAACAUGGUGAGGACGAUGACCUUCAACGAAGUCAAACAUUUGGGCAGAGAAUAAUGGGAAAUAUGCGGGACAGCCUUUUUGUCAGAAGCUUUACUGCCAAGCCUAAAAGUCGUACUUCAGAUGUUUUAUCAUAUUCACCAUCGAAGCUCUCUGAUGUUGUCGAUUCUGUGGAGAUUGAUGCAAAAGAUGAAGAGUCCUUGAUUAUGGGAACAAUUAGGAGCAAAUGCAUAACUCAAUUGUUGCUUCUGGGAUCCAUCGAUAGCAUACAGAAGAAAUACUGGGGCAUGCUAACAACUACACAGAAGAUCACUGUCAUGGAUAUAUUGUUCUCUAUAGUAGAGUUUGCUGCAUCAUAUAAUUCAUAUUCCAACCUCAGAUUGCGGAUGCACCACAUUUCUGCCGACAGGCCACCUUCAAAUCUUCUUCGCCAAGAGGUAUCUGGAACUUGCAUCUAUUUAGAUGUGUUACAAAAGUCAACUGGUGGAAAUAACUCUAAAACGGAGAGGGAACUUGGAUUGAGCCUUUCUGAAAAAGUUGAUGCCUCACAGAAAAAUAUUGAUGAGGAACUUGUGGGGAUAGCAGAAGCGAAACUAGUCUCUUUCUGUGCACAAGUAAUAAGAGAGGCAUCCGAAUUCCAGUCUAGUAUGGGGGAGACUACCAACAUGGAUAUUCAUCGAGUUCUAGAAUUACGUUCUCCAGUCAUUGUUAAGGUGCUUAAGGGAAUGUGUUAUAUGAACAAACAAAUAUUCAGAAAACACCUGAGAGAGUUCUAUCCUUUAGUUACUAAACUCAUAUGCUGCGACCAGAUGGAUGUUCGUGGAGCGCUUGCUGAUCUAUUUAAGGUGCAAUUGCAUGCAAUGAUGCGGUAAAAGAUUUGUAUUGUUAAACUUCUCCACCUGUCUCCAUUCCCCUAUCUGUGGUUCGUUCUAUUUCUAUAUAUGAUUUGGGACGAUGAGAUCCAUCCAAAUUGUCGAGCAAUGGAUAUUUGUAAUUAAACUGUAGUUGAUUCUUCAACGAGUACCGUAAUGUGUCAACUUAUCCAGAUCGCUGUACUCUAAUUCUUAUAUGGUAGCUUUUAGUGCAAAGGACAUUUAAAGAGGCUUUUAGGAGAGAGCAUCCCGGCGUCAUUUAGAUUUUGUCUGUAUUCUCGUGAUUUUAUAUAUUAUACUGACUUAUAGAAAAUGAUACAGAAUUUCUGAGGGACAUAGUUGCCAAGUGCUGCCUAUAGCACCUUUCCAGAAUAACCUUUAAAAAUUUGUAGGAAAUCUACCUUUAUAGCAUAUCUGUUCAAGCAAGCUCAACGCAAUGUUAUCGUCAGAUGCUAUUGUUAUAUUAUAUCAAAUGUUAGAAAUCUCAACUUCAAAGACGUGGUAUAUAUCAUGCACAUCCUGGUUCUAUAUUUUGUUUCA